AGCAGGGGGUGCAAGCGAGGAGCCUAGCGGGCACUCCCGGCGCAGGGCAGCCACAGCGCUCAGGGCAGUGCGUCUCUCUACUGUCCCCCACUGGGCACCAGACAACGAAGGGGCUUCCAGGGCAGCCCAGGAAAAAGCCUCCACAGCAAGCAGGACUUCCCUGCCUCUGCAGACCAGGAAAUACCAGAGAGGCCAAGUCCGGCACCCCGGCCAUGUGCAGCCCUGAGGAGGCGGCCCUGCUGCGGCUGGAGGAGGUCUUCUUAGCCACCCUCGCCCGUGUCAACAGCCUUGUCCUCAAGCCCCUGCUUCUAGCUGCCCCAGAGCCCUCAGAUUCCUGGGGCAGAGAAUGCCUGCAGCUCCUGCAACAGCUGCACAAGAGCUCCCAGCAGCUCUGGGAAGUGACGGAGGAAAGUCUGCACUCACUUCAGGAGAGGCUGCGUCACCCGGACUCCACCGGUCUGGAGUCCCUGCUGCUGCUGCGAGAUGCUGACCGUGUCCUGCAGGCCCAUGUGGAGUAUAUCAAGUCUUACACAAGCUGCAUGGUGGUGCAGGCCUUCCAGAAGGCAGCAAGGAGGAGAGGCGAGUAUUGGCGGGGCCAACGGAAGGCGCUGCGCCAGCUGCUGUCAGGCCUGAGCUCAGAGGGCUCGGUGGGCGCAUCGCUGGGCCAGGCCCUCCACCAGCCACUCGCCCAUCAUGUGCAACAGUACGUGCUCCUCCUGCUGAGCCUCGGGGACACCACUGGGGAGCGUCACCCAUCCUGGGAGCUGGUGGUGAACGCAAUCACCGUCUUUGGGAACCUGCAAUCCUUCAUGAAGCAGGCAUUGGACCAGGCUGCGGCCACGCAGGCUCUCUGGCACACCCUGAGAGGCCGGCCGAGGGAUGUCCUCUGCACCCCUGCUCACAGACUCCUGCAGGACAGCCAGGACGUGCCCGUGACGGUUUCACCCCUGCGGGCUGAGCGUGUGCUGCUUUUCGAUGACGUCCUCGUUUUGCUGCAGGGCCACAACGUCCACAGCUUUGAUCUGAGGCUGGUGUGGGUGGAUCCUGGGCAGGACGGGUGCACAUUUCACCUCCUCAUGCCGGAAGAAGAGUUCUCCUUCUGUGCCAAGGACUCCCAGGGCCAGGCCGUGUGGCAGUGGAAGGUGACCCGGGCCGUUUGCCAGGCCCUGCGAGGGAAGAAGGACUUCCCUGUGCUGGGGGCUGGCCUGGAGCCCCCCGAGCCUCCUGCCCACCGCUGUGCAGCAUAUACCUUCCGCGCGGAGGGCCGGCUCUGCCAGGCCACGUACGAGGGCGAGUGGUGCAGGGGCCGGCCCCAUGGCAAGGGAACCCUGAAAUGGCCGGAUGGGCGGAAUCACGCGGGGAAUUUCUGCCAGGGCCUGGAGCACGGCUUCGGCAUCUGCCUGCUGCCCCAGGCCUCGGAGGACAGGUUCGACUGUUACAAGUGUCACUGGCGAGACGGCAUUAUGUGUGGCUACGGCAUCUGUGAGUACAGCACUGACGAGGUGUACAAGGGUUACUUCCAGGAGGGCCUGCGGCACGGCUUUGGGGUCCUUGAGAGUGGCCCACAGGCCCCCCAGCCCUUCAGAUACACGGGCCACUGGGAGAGGGGCCAGAAGAGUGGCUAUGGCGUUGAGGAGGACAGUGACAGGGGUGAGCGCUACAUCGGCAUGUGGCAGGCUGGUCAGCGCCACGGCCCGGGGGUCAUGGUCACCCAGGCAGGUGUCUGCUACCAGGGCACCUUCCAGGCGGACAAGAUCGUGGGCGCAGGCAUCCUCCUCUCUGAAGACGACUCCCUGUAUGAGGGCAACUUCAGCAGGGACCUGACCCUCAUGGGGAAGGGCAAGGUCACCUUCCCCAAUGGCUUCACCCUGGAGGGCUCGUUUGACAGUGGGGCAGGGAGAGGACUGCACACACAGGGUGUGCUGGACACGGCCGCCCUCCCACCAGACCCGAGCAGCACCGGCAAGAGGAUUCCGUGUGCUUCUGUCUCUCUCUUCUCACCGCAGGGUAGAUUCUGUAUGUCCCUUUCUCUGCUGCUCUUUCUCCUGGAGCCAUGGAGGCAGCUGGGCGUGGGUGCCUUCCCCGUGGAAAGCCGCUGGCAGGGAGUCUACAGCCCCUUCCGGGACUUUGUGUGUGCUGGCUGCCCCGGGGACCUGCAGGAGGCCCUGCUGGGCUUCCACGUGCAGAGCUCCAGGAAGCUGCGCAAGUCUCAGGACUACCUGUGCUGCGAGAGGGCCCACCCCAAGGACAGUGCGGGCAGUAUGGAAGACAUCCUGGAGGAGCUGCUGCAGCAUCGGGAGUCCAAGGCCCUGCAGCCGUACCUCAGGAAGGCUCUGAGCAACUCACUGCACCCCCUGGGAAAGCUGCUCCGGACACUGAUGCUGACCUUCCAGGCCACCUACGCAGGUGUCGGGGCCAACAAGCACCUGCAGGAGCUGGCCCAGGAGGAGGUGAAGCAGCACGCGCGGGAACUCUGGGCCGCCUACAGGAGUCUCCUGCGAGUUGCCUUACAGCGCAAGGGCCAGACCCUGGAGGAGGAUGAAGACGCAGAGACAAGGGACCUCCAGGUGCAUGGAUUGGUGCUGCCCCUCAUGCUGCCCAGCUUCUACUCAGAGCUCUUCACACUCUACCUGCUGCUUCACGAGCGGGAGGACAGCUUCUACAGCCAGGGAAUCGCCAGCCUGAGCCUCUUCCCCGACACCCAGCUGCUGGAGUUCCUGGCUGUGCAGAAGCACUUGUGGCCCCUCAAGGACCUCAGGCUGACGAGCAAUCAGAGGUGCUCCCUGGUCAGGGACAAGUGCUUCCUGUCAGCCACCGAGUGCCUGCAGAAGAUCAUGACCACGGUGGAUCCACGGGAGAAGCUGGAGGUGCUGGAGAGGACGUACGGGGAGAUUGAGGGCACCGUGUCGCGGGUGCUGGGCCGGGAGUACAAGCUGCCCAUGGACGACCUGCUGCCGCUGCUCAUCUACGUGGUGUCACGUGCCCGAAUUCAGCACCUGGGAGCUGAGAUCCACCUGAUCCGUGACAUGAUGGACCCCAUCCACACAGGAGGCCUGUAUGACUUCCUGCUUACGGCCCUGGAGUCCUGUUACGAGCACAUCCAGAAAGAAGACAUGAGGCUGCGCCACUUACCUGGCCACUGGCACUCCAGGGAGCUCUGGUAGCUUGGCCUCUCCUGGACAGACUGCAGAGCUGAGCAGGGCACUGCCAGCCUGUCCCUCAUCACCCAAGUCAAAAGGCAGGACAGGCCCUCGGAGGCAGCUCUUGGAGGAGACGAACAUUUGUUUUGCACAGGAAGAUGCUUCUGCCCUGCCUGGCAUGAGAGUGAGGGGUGAUGGACGUGGCCCAGAACCUGGUGGAUUUCCCUUGGCCACUUGCCAAUCUCCAAUGACCCCUUAAUCUGCAGCAGCUCACAGGCUGGGCGUGAGGAGCCCCUGGCUUCUCUUAGCCUGAGCGUUUCUCCCAAGUUACGGAGCCUCAGUGCUGCCAUCUGUACAAAGGGAGUGAGUAGGCUAUAAAGGACCUUCCACCCAUCUUGCUGAAUUCUAGCGUCCUUUCAGAAGGCUGACUUUAGUCUGUUGGGCUGUACUGAAAUUCUCAUGUCACUGUUGGUCUCUUACCUGUUUCUCCACUCCUGGUUGGAAGGCUGUGAGCUGCAGCACCUUCUACCUACCACUGUUUAUCUGGCCCUUUUCCCUCAGGUGGUCUUCUGGGGGACCUGCCUCCUUCCCAGCUCUGUCCCUGGGCCAAAAGCUCCUACUCCACUUCAACCUGCUGGGUGACCUCUGGCAGGCCCUAAGCCUCACUGGGUAUGCAGUCAACAGGGUAGGCCUGUAGGUCUGUGAACUGCAGGCCACGUACCCAUGACGUAAAUGGCGGCGCUGGAGCAAGCUGGGGUGGGGAGGGGAGGAAGCCUCACUGCCAGCAGGCUCCACAUGGCCCGUGAGUCACACGCCUGUGGCAUCUGUGGGCCUGCCUGACGGUGGACAGCAGGGGCACAUGACGCCUGCCUGGGCCCUGACCAGUAAGCCCCUUGGAUGCGAGACCCUGCUGGGGUUGGGGAGCAGGGGUAGCUUUGGGAGGGGGGGACUUUAUUUAAACAGUGGUUCUAGUGUGGGACCAAGAGAGGCAGGAGCUGGGUCUUGGGGCAGCUUCAUUCCUGCUGGAUCUCAGUUUCUUUUCCCCACACUGAGGGGCUUGGGCCAGGUGACCUGCAGGGUCUCCCUCUGUCCUAACAGGAGAUGCAUGAUGACAGGCAGUGUGAUAUGUUCUGAAAGGGUCCAAGGCAAAGCAUAGGGAGAGGGUGGGUUUGUGCAGGGUGCAGCCCUGGAGAAGAGGUGGAUUGCUCCUGGUCCCACUCCUGCUGAGCAAGUCAGGCUCCUGGCUCUGCGCAUGGCUCCCCCAAUGAAGUACUGACCUCAGCCUAUGAGGAGGAGCUGAGGGAGGCUCUGGAAAGCCCAGUCACACCUGAAUCCCCAGUAGUAGCCUCAGGGCAGAGGGCACCUGCAGAGCCCCAGAGAUGAUGUGGGCAACGAGCAGAGAGAGCCCGGUGCCUCUGUUCACCGCCACCUCCUUAGGAAGGAAGAAAGCCUUUCUCUGGCUGGUUCCACUAAAUGUGCCAGCCCAAAUGUAGGGCACGGAUUCUGGUUCUGCCAGGAGCCUGUGACACUCCCAAGAAGGGGGUGGAACUGAGGAAAAGCGAGGAUGUGUAGGAUGCACAGGUGGUGCUUACCAGAGACUGUGGCAGCUCACUAGGAUUCUAAUCCCUUGUAACUGGUGUCAGCCAGCUCUCGUCCCCAGACAAUCAAGGACAGCCUAACCCUGCCCUCACAUGCAGCCAGCCCCAAGUUCCGGCAAUGCUGCCAGGAACCCCUCACACUUCCCUGCCUCCUUUGGGAUUUGCGAACCCUUGUUGCAGUUCAGAUUCCACAAGACCCUCUGCCCACCCUCUCACUGGGCCUCACCCAACCAGUGAAACUGGAGCCUCUGGCUAUGCACAGUGGCUCACUUUGGGAGGCUGAGGCAGGAAGAUUUCUGGAAUCUGAGAGUUCAAGACCAACCUGGGCAACAUAGUGAGACCCUGUCUGUACAAAAAUAAAAUAAAAUAA